GCUGCCCAAGCCAGGAUCUUACAACGCCCCCCCCCCCCCCCGCCGCCUUCUCCUCCCCGUCUUCUCCAAGGCGCUCCAAGUGCACAACCGAUCCCCUCCCCUGGGGCUGCACGGAAGAAGCGCGCGGGGAAACUCCAGCUUGCGAGGCGAGGGGAAGGGGAGGGGGGCACGACGCCAGCUUCCUGCUUGCAAAGAAGGGGGCGGGGGGAGAGAGAAGAAGACGAGAAGGAGAAGAAGCAGCAGCGGCAACCUAAAGGGUUUCAUCCCCACGUUUUCGCCCCAGGAUGCUUCCUGUUCACCAACACUGAAGGAGGCACAAUGGGGCUUGCCUCCUAACUCCGGUUAACAGCCCCUUUCCUCCCAAAUCCCAAACCUGCAUCUGUCGUGGCGACCGUGGAGUGUUGCCUCUGGGGGCGGAGCCCACCUCGGUCUCUCCUUCUUGGUUCUGGAUGGAAUUGCGGUGAAUGGAACAGAAGCCCAGCACGGUGGAGUGCCUGUCGGAGCCAGAGGACACCCGGUGGCCGGAUGGGAAACGUAAAAGAAAAAGCAGCCAAUGUUCGGUGAAAAGCAGCAUGUCAGGGUACAUCCCUAGCUACUUGGACAAAGAUGAGCAGUGUGUUGUUUGUGGAGACAAAGCCACAGGAUACCACUACCGAUGUAUUACCUGUGAAGGCUGCAAGGGCUUUUUUCGGCGGACGAUCCAAAAGAACCUGCACCCAACGUACUCCUGCAAGUAUGAUGGCUCCUGCAUCAUUGACAAGAUCACCCGCAACCAGUGCCAGCUUUGCCGAUUCAAGAAGUGCAUUGCCGUUGGCAUGGCCAUGGACUUGGUGCUGGAUGACUCCAAGAGGGUAGCCAAGAGGAAGCUGAUUGAAGAGAACCGGGAGAGGCGGCGCAAAGAAGAGAUGAUGAAAUCGCUUCAGCAUCGGCCAGAGCCAACUACAGAGGAGUGGGAUCUGAUCCAGAUUGCCACGGAGGCACACCGCAGUACCAAUGCCCAAGGCAGCCACUGGAAACAGAAGCGGAAAUUCCUGCCUGAAGAUAUUGGUCAGUCACCAAUGGCCUCCAUGCCUGAUGGGGACAAAGUGGACUUGGAGGCGUUCAGUGAGUUUACGAAGAUCAUCACCCCCGCCAUCACACGCGUGGUGGAUUUUGCCAAAAAACUGCCCAUGUUUUCAGAGCUGCCUUGUGAGGACCAGAUCAUCCUUUUGAAGGGCUGCUGCAUGGAGAUCAUGUCACUAAGGGCGGCUGUGCGCUAUGACCCCGAAAGUGAGACACUGACACUAAGCGGAGAGAUGGCUGUCAAGCGGGAGCAGCUGAAGAAUGGCGGCUUGGGCGUGGUGUCAGAUGCCAUCUUUGAUCUGGGCAAGUCCCUCUCUGCCUUCAACCUGGACGACACUGAAGUGGCACUGCUCCAGGCUGUCUUGCUCAUGUCCUCAGACCGUAGUGGGCUGAUCUGCGUCGACAAGAUUGAGAAAUGCCAAGAGACCUACCUGCUGGCGUUUGAACACUACAUCAACUAUCGCAAACACAACAUUCCCCACUUCUGGCCCAAGCUCCUCAUGAAGGUGACCGACCUGCGCAUGAUAGGGGCUUGCCACGCCAGCCGCUUCCUGCACAUGAAGGUGGAAUGCCCCACGGAGCUCUUUCCCCCGCUCUUCCUCGAGGUCUUCGAGGAUCAGGAAGUCUAGGGUGUGGGGACAGAGGGGGCAAACAGGGUGGCGUGGGAGAACUGGGGACGCAGGGCAAUUUGGGAUAGGGGCGAUGUCUGGACUUGGGCCAUGAGGGCCCCCACCUCAUCACCUCGGACACGACAGAGUUUAAUUUUUUUGUUCUGUUUUGUUGUUUUCAUUUUUCUUUUCAUUUUUUUGUUUCAUUUUGUUUUUCUAAAUAUUGCACGUCAGCAUCAGUGAUUCAUGUGGAUGGGGAGGCGAGGGCAUCAUGGAUAGGGGUUGGGCCACCAAAAAAAAAGGUCGAAUCUAUACAAAAACUUUGUGUUGAGGCAGACUUGUGCAGUAGCCAACAUUUUUUUGUCUAGGCAGACUUUUAAAAAAUUAAGUGGGCAAUAUGAUUCCCAGCUGCCCCUUAUGUAGCUUAUUUCCUCCAGCCCCCCUUUGUCCCAAAGUUAUCUUUCCAGGGUAAGACAUCUGUCUUAAAUUUUGAUAUAAUGUUAAGAGGAGGAAACCAAUCCACAUGUUCCCCUCACCCCAAAAUAAACCCCCUUGCCCUUCU